CUCUCUUUUAACUCUGCAUCCUCCCCUUUUCUUUUCUUUUACAUUGCUCCCAAGGCAAUUCUUUAGAUCAGACUGAGAGAUGCUGAAGAGACAAGAAACUCUGCUAUCAUCCUCAUCGCGCCGUGAAACCCCGCAACUGGAUACUCACCAUGACAAAGCCAUUGGCUGUAUGUCCGGCAUUUUUAAGCUCGUCUCCAAAUAUCAACAUCGCCGGAAAUUCCUUACUUUUGGUAGAAAGCCGGAAAAACAUGCAGUUUCGUCUCCUUCAAAUGCUAAAUCAUCAUCAACAGAAGAACAAAAGAACAAUGAAGACAAAAAUCGUGAUAUUAGGAGAUUUUCGUGCGAUGUGCCAAGGAGUCCAACCCUUCCACCCGAUAUCCGUAGAUUAAACUCCGUAAACUCGCCGGAAAACUUUAAACCUCCUCCGGCGAUACUAGCCCGGCUGAUAGGGUUGGAUGAAAACCCGGUUCGACUACCGGUGGUGGAACCUGUUGCAGAAAAGAGGAGGCAAUUGCUGGGAGCGUUGGAGAAGUGCGAUGAAGAUUUGAAAGCGCUGAAGAAGAUCAUUGAGACAGUACAAUCAGCCGAUCAGCCUUUCCGGAAUCAGCCGGCAAUGAAGAGGUUCAAUGUAGAGAGCGGUGCAAGGCCGGUGACUGUGAAAACGUACAUGAGUAGGAAAGAUGAUGAAAUGAAGAUGAGAACCGUGAAUAGGAGGCAUAUGGAGUGUCAGAGUGACCAAAUUAGUUCGGUUUCUUUGCUCCAGGACUUCAAUCCUUCAUCAUUGAGCAGCUGCUCCAGAGUACACACCGCUGGUUUGUCUCCCCCUUACCCUUAA